AUGGUUUUUUGGGCCGAAAGAGCGGCUGAGCAUGGGUCCACCGCCAAUUUGGUGGAAUUUCUUCAUGAAGGCCCGGAGGAUGAUGCACUUGAGCUCGAAGAGGUAGAGUUGGCACCAAGCGAGAUGGAUGAUUCGAAGGCGGAAGUCCAAGACCCUUUGUUAGAAAUCAACUUGGGGACGAAAGACAACCAUCGACCAAUCUACAUCAGUGGUCUAAUGGAGCCAGAACUUCGGGCCAAGAUGGAAGAGCUUUUGAGAGAAUUCAAGGAUUGCUUCGCUUGGGAUUACACCGAGAUGCCCGGAUUGAGUCGUGACUUGGUCGAGCACCGCCUACCAACGGUGGAAGAUUUCAAGCCCUUCAAGCAGCCGCCCCGCCGGAUGUCGGCGGAAGUAGAAUUACAGGUUAAGGAGGAAUUGUAA